CUGCAUUUUUCGCCUGCAUUUUUCGCCUGCAUUUUUCGCCUGCAUUUUUCGCCCUCGCCCCCUUCCUCUGUUUCGGUCUCCAGCUGCCUCAGGCCUUCCUCGCCAUGUUCCCCAAGCUGCAUGCCACCCGGCUCUUGGGCCUGCUUAUCGCCAUCAUCUUUACGCUGCUGAUUCUGCGGCCGACCCCAACAACAUUCUCGGUUCGCACUGGCACUGACGGACCAACCUCCUCUGCAAGUGGCCAUGCCCAUACCUCCGCCGGCCACAAUCAUGCCACUCAUGAUCUUGCCGCCAAUCCGCCCACCAAUCCGCCCGUCAACCCACCUGUUACCGUUCCAACUGCCUCAACCACCAAAGAUGAGCGAGCCCAGCAGCUUAUCGAUGCCAUCGAUCGCUCUCAGUCACGGACCCUCAAGGAGGCUGUUGCCCGCUACCAGCUCUUGCACGGCCGCAACCCCCCGCGAAACUACGACAAGUGGUUCGCCUAUGCCAAGGAAAAAAAGUGCAUGAUCGACAACUAUGCAAUCCUCUACGAAAACCUGGCCCCCUUCUUUGAGAUGUCUCCGGCCGAGUUCCGCAGACGAACCUCGCUCCUGAGCAGCACGGGCGCCCGACGCACCUAUCCCGUUAUUGUCAAGGACGGUGCGCUGCAGCAGAAAGACUUUCCUUAUUGGUCUCAGGCCUGGGUCUCGUUCAUUACCAAGCAUCAAGCUGACAUUGGAAACCUCGAGCUCGUCCUCAACGAACUCGACGAGCCCCGAGUCGUGUUUGAUCACCUCGCCGCUCGGCGACUCGGCCGCAAGAUGGGUGAGCUCCAGGAGGUGAAAUGGCAUUCGCCCGCGCCUGCAGAGCACUACAGCUGGCUGCUGGAGCGAUGCGCUUUCCGCCAAUAUCCCGAUGGACCCAUCAUCAAUGGCAUCCAUGGCUUCACCGUCAACCCCGAUACAAAAGUCUACACCGAACAAUUGGUUCCGAUUCUGUCCAACACGAAGCUGCGCAACUGCUUCUCCGACAUUCUGAUCCCGUCGAACUAUUAUCUCUUCGACGCCUUCAAGGGAGAGUUCAAAGACAGUAUUCCGUGGUCCGAAAAGACCCCCAAGCUGUUCUGGCGCGGCAGCACCACUGGCGGAACCCCCGUCGACGAAAAAUACGUCAACUACCACCGACACCGCAUGGUCAAGCUCGCCCAGAACAACAGCCACAUGGACAUGGGCUUUAUCGGCGCAAUCCAGUGCGGCGCCUACUGCGAGGACGUCAAAACCAAAUACCGAUUCGCCGACCGCUCGCCCUUUGACGACAACUUCAAAUACAAGUAUCUCAUCGACAUUGAUGGCAACACCUUCAGCCAGCGCUACUCGCCCUUCAUGCAGUCCAACUCGCUCGUCUUCAAGAUGACCAUCUUCCAGGAGUAUUUCGAUGGUUGGCUCGAGCCCUUUGUCCACUACAUCCCCAUCAACGUCGACCUCUCUGACCUCUCCGAGAAGCUGCAGUGGGCCAUCGACCAUGACGAAGAAGCCGAGCAGAUCGCCCUGAACUCCAAAUACUUCUCCAAACGCUUCCUGACGCUCGACCAGAUGGACUGCUACAUGUACCUGAUGUUCCUGGAGCUCGCGCGGCUCUAUUCCGGCGAGGAGCUUGUCCUUCCCGCGGCGCACUGAAUCAAAGCUGUCCGAGCACAACCGAGCACAGCUGCACCGUGCUGAGCAGCACCGUGCCAAAUGGUGCUGAGCUGGGUAACCAAGAGCGCCAGCUGCCCAUUCCGUGUGACCCGCGGUGCACCUAUCACCAAGGGGGCAACGGCUCGCUGCCCGAUCCCUGUCCCUUCCCCUACAUUGACUCAGUGCAGUCAUGCAGAACCGGCUGUCUCGCCACCCUGCCAAAACAAUACAAACACUGCCAUCAGCGACGAA